AUGAUUUAUGGAGCUUGCACAGACACAGAGCUGCACAGCCUGGCAGCGCGGCUGAAGGACUGGUUUGGAGUUCUGCACCAGGACGCCAACAGAGACCUGAAAUCCUCCGACAGCGUGGAUUCUGCAAACGGACACUUUGACACGAGCAUCCUGCCCAUCUGCAAGGAUUCUCUGGGAUGGAUGUUCAACAAACUGGACAUGAACUUUGAUCUCCUGCUGGACCAGUCCGAGCUGAGUGCCAUCUACCUAGACAAGUACGAGCUGUGCAUGAAGCCGCUCUUCAACUCCUGCGACUCUUUCAAGGACGGAAAACUGUCCAACAACGAGUGGUGCUUCUGCUUUCAGAAACCUCCAGGCCUGCCCUGCCAAACAGAGAAGAGCAAGAUUCAAAAUCAGAGUCGAAAAAAGAGCCUCAUAGGUGCUUACAUUCCGCGCUGCACCGAGGAGGGUUACUUCAAGCCCACCCAGUGUCACAGCAGCACCGGCCAGUGUUGGUGUGUGGACAAAUACGGCAACGAGAUCGCAGGAUCCAGAAAACAAGGCAACCCCAACUGCGAUGAGGAGCAGGAGUCGUCGGGGGACUUGGGUAGUGGCGGCGCCGUCAUCCUCUUGGACGACCAGGAAGAGGCGCCGUCAGCGAGCGGCCGGCAGAAGAAAAGACGGGGCCGGAUCCACCCCCGCGGCGCCGUGGAGGACGACGAGGACGGCGACGACGACAAGGACGAGGACAUCGGCUACAUUUGGUAA